GCUCGCGGAGUUCAGUCAGUUGAGCCGCGGGCAGCUCAGCUGUUUGUACGGAGUCAUUUAGAGCAUCAAAACAAACUGAAAUAAACUUUCUGCUCGUAUGUUUGUGGACCGUCACCUUCCUGUACGGAUUAACGACUUUUAACCGACACCAACAGGAUUUGGGAGGAUGGCAGAGCCGGGCAGAAGAUUUCUCCCUCACUGACAGAAGAAGAGGAAGAGGAGGAGGAGGAGGAGGAGGAGAGAUGGAGCGCGCUCGUAGUCUCCUGCUGAACGAGGAGGCGUGCAGUCAGCUGGGCGAGCAUCAGAAGGCCGAGUUCAUCUUCGAAUGGCUGACCCACCUGAAGAAGCUCCUCGCCACCUCCGACAGGGCUGAUAUCAAACAGAACCAGCGGCGUCUGGUCGAACAGCUGUCAGGCGUUCUGAUUGGCUCCCCCGGCCCGCCGACUCGAUGGCUGCUGGCCGACUGUUUGGCCCUGCUGUACCGCCUGGGAGACCCCGUCCCUUCCAGCCUAUUGGUGGACAGGUGUAAUGACAUCAUCCGAAGCAAAGACGACUCGCCGUCAGGUCUCCCGACCCGACUGGCAGCCGUGGCGUGUCUGGGCGCUCUGUUCGAGCAGCUCGGUCGGAUGCUCGCCGGCCUCUUCAAAGACACUCUGGUCAACCUGCUGAAAGCCAUGAAGAACGCAGAGUCUCAGGGUCGGUAUGAGAUCAUGUCGUGUGUGGAGAAGAUCCUGCGAGGACUGGGUGUGAGCGCCAUGCCGUGUCACCGUGACGUCUACAAGGCGGCGAGGGCCUGUCUGACUGACCGCUCCAUGUCCGUACGCUGCGCCGCCGCCAAGUGUCUGCUGGAGCUGCAGAGGGAGGCAGUGUUCCUGUGGACCAGCGAGCUGGAGAACGUGGCCACUCUGUGCUUCAGGGCCUUCGAAGGAUCCAACUACAACGUCAGAGUGUCUGUAGCCAAACUGCUGGGAACUCUGCUGGCUGCCGCCGUGGAGCCCAGACAGCCUACUGCAGCCCCCAGGCAGGGUGGGCGGGGCCGGAGCUCUCUGGAGGAGGUGAUGGAUUUGUUGUCGGGGGGGUUCCUGCGGGGCGGGGCGGGUUUCCUGCGAGCCAGCGGAGACAUGCUGAAGGGGAUGAGCUCCGUCAGCAAGGACAUCCGCAUCGGAGUCACUCAGGCCUGCGUGGUCUUCGUGUCCACGCUGGGCGGCUCCUGGCUGGAGGCCAACUUUCCCGCCUUCCUGUCGCUGCUGAUGGAGCUGGCGUCCCACGGCAGAGCGACGCAGACGCCCGGCGACGCCGUGGUGACCCGCCGCUGCGUCUCCUUCAUCCUGAGGAGCACCCUGGGCUCUCUGCUGGGCGAGAAGGCUCAGACCAACGCCGCCAAGCAGCUGUGCGUUGCCAUAGCGACGCAGAAACGAGCCAUCGAUGCGGCUCUGACUGAUGGGAACGUGGAGACCAGAGUUUCGUCUGCAGACGUCUCAGCCAGUCAGCAUGUGUUGUUCUGCUGCCUGCUGGAGCUCGGACGACUCAUCCAGGGGCUGGGAUCCACCGCCGCCCCCCUUCUGACUGACAGCAGCACAGCCCUCCUGGACACGGUGAUCUCCGUCCUCCUCCACCCGGUCGCCCCUGCCCGGCUGGCCGCCGCCUGGUGUCUGCGCUGCAUCGCCAUGGCGAUGCCGUCCCAGUGCUCCCCGCUGCUGGAUCGCUGCGCCGAGCGGCUGGUGGCGCUCAAGUCUUCCCCCGAAGCCGUGGCCGGUUACGGAGCGGCUGUUGCCGCCCUGGUGGCCGCAGUGCAGCACUGCCCUCUGGGAAUCCCACACACCAAGGGCAAGGUGGUGUUGUGUCUGGCUGAAGAUCUGCUGCGUUCAGCGUCUCAGAACAGUCGGAUCUCUCUGCAGAGGACUCAGGCCGGCUGGAUGCUCGUCUCCUCUCUCAUCACUCUGGGCCCUGCUGUAGUGGAGCACCACCUCUCCCGUCUCCUCCUCCUCUGGCGGUGUGUGUUUCCCGCCUCUCUCAGGGAGCAGGAGAUGGAGCUGCGACAAGGGGACUACUUUACGUGGCAGGUUACGCUGGAGGGGCGUGCCGGGGCGCUCUGUGCGAUGAAGAACCUGCUGCUGCACUGCAGGGAGCUCGUCACCGAAGACGUCAUCAGCCGUCUGCUCACGCCAUUGGCCUGCGCCGUAGCCCUGCUCACCAAGUUGCCUGCUCUCAUCAGGUCUUACGGUAGUUCAGUUCGUGUCUGGUCAGUCGUCUACAGGCUGAGAGUGUACGAGCUGCUCGCUCAGCUGCCUCCUCAAACCUACCAAGAGAGUUUUGGUUUGGUGAUGAACCAGCUGGUGUCUGAUCUGUCCAGUCAGGACAACCUGAACCAGCCGUGCUCAGAGCUGACCUUGCUGCCUCCCUUUUGUCACCGUGACGACCUGCAGCUGGUCGGCCCCGCCCUCCACGACACCGACCAGAGAUACAUCGAGGAACAGCUCCAUGGCAGCAGUGUGGGAGGAGGAUCUCUGGACAACGACGCCUUCAGUCUGUGUGAGAGGAGUGACGAAGCUCCCGCUCCUCUUCCUCCUCCCGUCGCUCUGACCGCCGCCGCCGUCCAACUCUUUGGAGCGCUCCUCCCCCACAUCAUCUCCGCUCAGAGAGUGAGGAUAUUGGAGCAGUUUGUAGAAACAGUGAACCAGCUGAAGGGUCAACGCCAGCAGACCGUCCAGACUCACAUCUGUGCUGCCCUCUGCAGUCUGCUGAAGCACCAGGGGAGCGUCCGGGGGUCUCUGGGGCCGGAGGAGAUGCGUCCCCCGGUGUUGUCCCUCCUGUCGGGGGCGCUGGAGAGUGUCAGUCCUCUGCUGCGCUGCCUGGCUGCUGAAGGUCUGGCCCGGCUGGUGCAGGUGGUGGGAGACCCCGGCUUCACCGUCUCCGUCUCCCUGCUCUGCUUCGACAGGCUGAAGACGGCGCGGGACGCAGCUUCUCGCAGCGGCUACACUCUGGCUCUGGGGGCGCUGCACCGCUACACCGGAGGCAUCAGCUCACCUCAACACCUGUCCACCUGCCUGGGAGUCCUGUUCACUCUGAGCCAGGACAGCACCUCACCUGAAGUCCAGACCUGGUCUCUCCACAGUCUGUCUCUGGUGGUCGACCUAUCCGGCGGUCUGUACCGCGCCCACGCCGAGCCGUCCUUCACCCUGGUGCUGCGGCUGCUGCUGUCGACCUCGCCCACCCACCCCGAGGUGCAUCACAGCCUGGGACGCUGCCUGCACGCCCUCAUCACCUGCCUGGGCCCCGACCUGCAGGGUGAAGGUGCGGCUCUGUCGGCUCUGCGCUCCAGCUGUCUGGUGGGUUGUGAAGUGAUGCAGGACGGUCCGGACUGUCUGGUUCAGGCCAGAGCUAUUUCCUGUCUGCAGCAGCUGCACAUGUUCUCGCCGCCGCACGUCAACCUGGCCAGCCUCGUACCUGCGCUCUGUGAGAUCUUGUUGGAUUAUUCCAUGUUGGCCAACCUGUGCAGCUCGUACCUGUGUCUGCGGCGGGCGGUGGUUGCGUGUCUGCGGCAGCUCGUCCAACGGGAGGCGCUGGAGGUGUCUGAACAUGCCGUGACUCUGGUCAAAGAGCUGCCGAGACGAGACAACACACAACUCGACGUCACCAUAAAGGAAGUGGGUCUGGAAGGAGCUCUGUUCACUCUGCUGGACCGGGAGUCAGACUCCAGUCUGAGGAGGGACAUCCAGGAGACUCUGGUCCACAUGAUGGCAUCCAGCGCCACCAGCGGCAAACUGGGACACUGGCUCAAACUCUGCAAGGACGUCCUGUCUGCGUCCACCGACUGUCGGGCUCCGGUGGAGGCGAGUCAGGAAGACGAGGAGGCGGAUCCCGGCAGGGACGACGACUCCUCUGCUUUCAAAGCGCGGUCGGAGUCUGGCGGCCCGUUCACCGCCCUGCGCUGGGCAACGCGCCGCUUCGCCAUGGAGUGUGUGUGUCGCAUCAUAGCGCAGUGCGAGAGCUCUGACCCCGCCCACUUCGACAUGGCGCUGGCUCAGGAGCGACGCCUGCACGAGUCCACCGACUUCCUGGUCCUCCAUCUUGGCGACCUGGUCCGCAUGGCGUUCAUGGCGGCGACAGACCACAGCGACCAGCUGCGACUGGCGGGGCUCCAGACGCUGCUGGUCAUCAUCAGACGCUUCUCAGCCAUCCCCGAACCAGAGUUCCCCGGUCAUGUGAUCCUGGAGCAGUACCAGGCCAACGUUGGAGCUGCUCUCAGACCCGCCUUCACUGCUGACGCUCCCCCUGAUGUCACAGCCAAGGCCUGCCAGGUCUGCAGCGCCUGGAUCGCCAGCGGCGUGGUCAGUGACCUGCGUGACCUCCGGCGCGUCCACCAGCUCCUGGCCUCCUCAUUGGCCAAAGUCCAGGCGGGGAGGGACACGUCCAGCCAGCUGUACAACGAGGCCACCGCUACCAUGGAAACGCUGGCGGUCCUGAAGGCGUGGGCCGAGGUUUAUAUUGUAGCCGUUCAGAGAAGCAGGCAGACGGAGAGCUCUGAUAGGACGACUGACCUGUCAGUCUCCUCUCUGGCCAAUGACAGCGCGGGGUCUGAGUCCGGAGGGGCGGGCCUCCUGAAGUUAGUCCAAUCAGAUCUGUCGACUCUGAGCCGUCUGUGGUUGGCGGCGCUGCAGGACUACGCCCUGCUGACCCUCCCACAGGAGUACGCAUCACAGCUGCCCGACACGGGAGGCUCCUUCUACACAGCAGAGACGGUGAACCAGGCCAGAGCUCACUACUCCUCCUCCUGGGCUCUCAUCCUCCACGCCACCUCACUCUGGCUCCACAGCUCAGGUUUUGUGAUGUUAGACGACGCUCCCACCAACCUGUCCAGACCGGCCACGCCCACCUCCAUGGGUCACACGGGCUCUGUGGGCGGAGCCAAGAGUCCAGAGGACGUCAACACCGACAGACUGCAUCUUAUCCUCGGGAUCAGUGUGGAGUUCCUGUGUUCUCCGCACUCCGAGGACCAGAUGGAGAACAUCACUUCCUGUCUGCGAGCUCUGCAGGCGCUGCUGGACGUCUCCUGGCCCCGAGCUAAGAUAGGAAACGACCAGGCUCUGAGCGUGGAGCUGCUCAGCGUCCUCCACAGGCUGAUGGUGACCAGAGAGUCGGCGUCCGUUCAGCUCGCCGUGUUGGAUUUACUGCGGCAGAUCGUGACGGCUGCUCAGGAGCACGUCAGGGAGAAACGCCACAGCGCCGAAGUGGACGACGGAGCGGCAGAGAAGGAGACGCUGCCGGAGUUCGGGGAAGGACGGGACACCGGCGGUUUGAUUCCCGGACGCUCGCUGGUGUUCGGAGCGCUGGAGCUCUGCCUCUGUGUGCUGGUCCGGAAACUUCCACAGCUCAGCCCCAAACUGGCCGGAACCAGUCCAGCUGGUCCUGGCGGUUCGGUCUGGAGUCUGACUGACAGCGACUGUCAUCUGGUGGCGUCGGCUCUGUGUGUCCUGUCUGAGCUGCCGUCCGUCUGCUCCCCAGAAGGCAGCGUGUCCAUCCUCCCCACGGUCCUCUACCUGCUGCUGGGAGUCCUCAGAGAGCUGGUCCACCAGCCCAGUACACACACCGGUCUGGGUGUGGUGGUGCAGGCGGCUCUGCAGGCGCUGAAGGCCGUCCUGACGUCACCGAUGAGCCGACAGGAGAAGAGCCGCGGAGCCUGGAACCUGCUGCUGCGCUCGGCGCUGAACACCCUGCUGGGACUGUGGGACGCCGGGGACUCGGGUGCUGUCGUGGAUCAGAUCAGCCUCCUCACAGCUCUGACAGUCUUCCUGCUGUCUGCUGGUCCUGACGUCUGCACCGUGGAGCCUCUGCACGCGCUCUGUCUGCAGCGCUUCACCGCCAGCAUGGACGCCAAAGACCCGCUGGUUGUGAGUCGCUGCUACCAGCUGCUGACGUCGGUGUUUCAGGCUCCGUCAGGCGUGGCCGUCCCGUACAUCCAGGCCCUCGGCCCGCCGCUGGUUCGAUUCCUUCAGAAGGUGGAGAGGAGUCGACCUCAGAGUGCAGAGGAGCUGCAGGGAGUCCUGGAGGGAGUCCGAGCCAUGGAGGCUCUGGUGCAGGCGGCCGACGAGUCGCAGCGUCCUCAGCUGGUUGCCGUCAUGUUGCCGCUCCUCAUCUCCUUCCUCCUGGAUGAGAACGCUCUCGGCUCCGCCCCCGCGGCGUCGCGGUCUCUGCAUGAGUCGGCGCUCAAGGACCUGAUGCGUCUCGGCCCGCAGCACUCCGCCGUCUUCAGGUCUCUCAUCGCGUCGUCUCCUCACCUGAAGUCUCGCCUGGAAGCCGCCGUCAAAGGAAACCAGGAGAGUCUGAAUGCUAAAGCUAGCAGCGCUAACUCCGCCUCCCGCAGCGGCGCCAAGUCCUCCCCCAGCAUCACGCUCAAAACCAACUUCCUGUGAGGUGAUGGACCGCGGCGGCGGAGCAACGGAGGUUCAUUCACCCCCCCCCCCCUUCGACUUAACGUCACCGACACACUGUGCUGCAUUCGCUGUCCCCUGGGACAAAACACUACCUUCACUGUCGGCCAUGUUGACAGACGUAUGAUUACAUCACUUCCUGAAUAUUUAAUUAUUCAGACUUCUCUGUGAGGAGGAAGGUGACAACCUGUGAUGUCAUCCUGACUCUUCCAACAUGGCGGCGUGUCUCUAGAUCUCUAUAUAUACGCUGCAUGUCAUUAAAUCACACAUCACUAUUAUCGUUACUUUAAUUAUUCAGAAUGACGUGAAAGAACCAAACUGCUGGUGUUGGAUGUUUUAUCCCAGAAACUGACACAUAGUUUAUAUAGUUUAUAUAGUUUAUAUAGUUUAUAUAGUUUAUAUAGUUAAUAGUUCAUUUCAAGCUGCAGAGAGACGUGAGAUGAUGUAGUUGACAGAAACUUAAACUCAAGAAAACACUUUUAAAACCAACAUCUGCUUUUUAUUCGUCUCCUGUUUUCAGUUUUAGCUCAUUAAUGCAGAGCUUUGAUUGUCACUUCUCGUUCCAGAGUGUCCUUGAAUGC